CAGAGAUGAUUUUUUUUCUUCAUGUCUUAUUUGUCCUAUAUGUUGCAAUACAGUAGAUGUAACAAGAAAUAUUAUGUAUAAUUUAUGUUAUUAUAAUAUAUUAGUGGCUGUGGUUUAUUAUACUUAGAACUAAGGGACUUUUCAUAUGGAUAUUUAUUUUUCUUUCCCGUAUUUGAAGGACUGGGUUAUACUGCCCAUAAAAGUAAUCACAGAAAUGACUUGCUGCGGAGGAAGGUAACAUCUGUGUUCAUACAGUAAAUGAGUGUGGCCUGUUUCUCUGAUGGAAUGUCUAACACUUGACAGUACUGGUCUCAAAAAGUUUAUUGAUAAUUGUAAAUAACUUUAUUUAAAAAUAUACUGGGUACGUCUUUUGAGUGGUGCAAGCUGCAAACUCCCCUGCACCGCUCAUAGCUAUGCCUGACAAAAUGGAAGAAAUCAAGGACUUUCUGCUCACAGCCAGGCUAAAGGAUGCCAAAUCUGUCAAGAUCAAGAAAAAUAAGGAUAAUGUGAAGUUUAAAGUUUGCUACAGCAGAGGCUUUUAUACGUUGGUCAUCACAGAUAAAGAGAAGGCAGGGAAGCUGAAGCAGUCUCUUCCCCCAGGUUUGGCAGUGAAGGAGUUGAAAUGAACCUGGCACAGUGAUUUGAACUGUAUUAGAAUUCUUUAAAAAAAAAAAAAAAUACACCGGCUAGUCUAGAACGGCUGGAUGGCAGUGGAAGGUUUGCUAGAGGUUUUUUGUCCUUCGCUUUGUCAGAAACCUCUUCUCAGUAGUGUUGAAAUAAAACCAGGAAUAGUUGAAAAUUUUUCCUAACCACUUGCGGUAUUGAGUGUGGAAUUUAUUUAUGAUUCUCCUCAAUGAGAAAUGUUCAGAGGCCUACCAAAGGAGGAAAGAGGCAUGUUUACAGGUCUCCUGCAAAGAUAAUAUUUAUAGUAUUAUCUACUUUGUACAAACCUAGUUCUAAAAAUACUUUUAAAAAUUGUCAAGUAAAAUAAUCAUCAUAAGGAAAUAUUUGAAGCACAUUUUGGUGUAACAGUAAAUGAAAUUUGGUGACUUACAGAUAAUUUAAUAUUACUAAAAUUGCUUUAAGGUGUGGUUUUUCUUUUGAAAAAGAUGAUCAUGCAUACUUUGACUUAAUUUUACUCAAGAAUAUUACAAAAAUUAAAAGGAAAGGAAGUUUGUGUUUCACUUGUAAUCUGCACAUGGGCCAAUUUAUUUGUGAGCAGAUUAAUUGAAGGAACAUACAGAUUUUAAGUCUCUAUUUUAUCAGGAUUUACUUAGUAGUUCAGUGACUCUUUGGUGAGUCACUUAAGUUUUGAGCUUUUGUUUUCUCAUUUGUAUAACAGGAAUGGUAAAUAAGUACACCUUUUUACCUCACAGAAUCAUUUUAAGAACCAUGUAAGAUGUGAAGACUGCUUAUAAGCUCCAUAGGGCAAGGUACAUAGUGAUGCCAUUCAUGUUAUUUUAACUAAAUUGAUAAAUUAUCUACAUGUGGCUAUUAAUACAUAUUUCAUCUUUGGGGAGAAAAGUAAUUUUAUUUAGCUAUAUUUAAGGGUAAUUUAAAGGCUUUAAAAUUUUUAUGGAUACAUAAAUAUUAAUACAAUGUAUAGAUAUUCAGAGGAAAGUUAAACUGACAAAAAGUAUUUGAGGCAAAAAGACAAAGGUUUGGUGUCUGAAAAAGAUUUUAUCGUAACCAAGUGAUACUUUCUGCAAAUUAAGCACCUUCCUUGUAUACCUUUUUCUGUCUCCUGUUUGUGAUAACCUCCUAAGUUCUUGAACAUAUUUAAUAGCUUUUAUGGAUGAGACUGAAGGUAACUGAAUUGCCAGCAUUUUCCCUAAAAGGGAGGAGUAAUUUGCUAAUCUUAAUUUUUUUUCAAAGCAGUUUUUGGUUUAUUUGUGAAACAUAGAGAAAAAUAUUUUCAUUUUCCCAUUUAGGAAGUAGUAUAGACCAAGCAUGCUGAAGUGAUUUCCUAAAAUACUUCCUGUGUUUCUUUCUAGUACCCACUGAGAGGGUUGUUGUGAGGAUAUGUUUAAAGCACUAAAGAAACAAGAUGGAAAGAAACAGAACAACAUAAAAAACAAGUGUAACACAACCAGAUGAUUUAACAUAUGUAUAAUUGGAGUCCCUAAGUGUUAUAGUCUGAAUGUUUGUUCCCCCAAAUUUCAUGUUGAAAUCCUAAUGCCCAAUUUGAUGGUAUUAGGAUGCGAAGUGUUAGGAUGGUGCUGAGGUCAUGAGGGUGGAACCUUCAUGUGUGGAAUUAAUGCUUAUAUAAAAGAGAUCCUCAGAAAGCUCCUGAGCCCCUUUCACCAUGUGAGAAUACAGCAGGAAGUCUACAGCACAGAGGAGGGUUCUCACAAGGUCAUGCUGGCACCUUGAUCUCAGACUUCUGGCUUCCAGACUGUGAGAAAUUUCUGUUGUUUAUAAACUGUCUAGUCUACGGUAUUUUGUUAUAGCAGCCAAGCAGAUUAAGACAUUGAUGAAAAGGAUAGGGGAAAGGGGUAGAAGCAAUAUUUGAAGAAAUAAUGGCUAUUUUUCAAAACUGUUGAGACCACUGAUGGAGGAAGCUCAGUGAACCCAAAACAGUAUAAAUAACAAACACUUUCCUUAGUGUUUUGGAAACUUUUUCAUAGUGCCACUAAGCCAAAAGAAAUAAUUAAUAAUUCUAUUUAUUAAGUAGUUAACAACUAAUAGUAGGAGUUUGUAGUACUGUGUCUGCCUGCUAUUGCUAUGUUUCCCUCAGCACUAGUUCUAGAUCACAGUGCUAAAACCCACAUAUCAACAGAAUAAUCUUAAAAACAGAAGGGGGAAAAGACAUGUUAGUUACACAGUAAUAAUAAGAAUUUUCAAAGAUGACUUUUUAACCGACUAAGUCAGAAGACAGUGGAAUGACACCUGUAAAGCGCUGAAAGAAAAAAUUGAUAACCAGUAAUUCUGUACUCGGUGAAAAUAUCCUUCAGAAACAAAAAUGAAAUAAAUAUAUUCUUGGAUAAACAAAAGCUGAGAGAAGUAAUCAGUGGCAUACCCACAGUUCAGGAAAUAUUAAGGAAGUACACCAGGCUAAAGAAAAAAAUUCUCCCGUAGAAGCAGGAUAGAAUGAAGAGUACUGGAAUAGCUAAAUAUGGUGGUCAGGGUUGUUAAUUGCUUAAACCAAUAGUUUUGUUUUUUUAAAGAUUUUAUUUAUUUGACAGACAGCCAGCGAGAGAGGGAACAUAAGCAGGGGGAGUGGGAGAGGAAGAAGCAGGCUCCCAGUAGAGGAGCCUAACAUGGGGCUUGAUCCCAGGAUCCUGGGAUCAUGCCCUGAGCCGAAGACAGACGCUUAAUGACUGAGCCACCCAGGUGCCCCUUAAACCAAUAGUUUUAACAAUUUCUAAUAUUCCAUUGGAAAUGUUAUAUUGGAAAACAGUAUAACACGUAGAAGAAAUUAUAUGAUAGCAAUAGCAAAAAGAGGAAGUAAAUAGAGUUAAAUUAGAAGAAUCUCUUAUUUGUAUGGGACAUGGUAAAAGUACUACUAAUUUAAGAUAGAAACUAAAGAUGCAUUUUUGUAUCUUUUACAGUAACCGCCGAAAGAAUGAUGCUAAAAGAUAAGCCUAUAGAGUACACAAAAUAAAAUAAUAAAUAUUUGAGUAGAAAGGGAAGGAAAGGAAGAACAAAGGACAGAAUGAGGGGACAAAUGGAAAAUAAAUAGAUGAUGGACUUAAACUCAACUACAUCAGUAAUUAAAUACAAAUGGACUAAAUGUUUCCAUUAUAAGACAUUAUCAGGCUGAAUCAAAAAAGCAAAGCCCAACUAUAUGCUGUUUACAAAGCAUAAACAGAAGUUCAGAGUAAAAAUAUGGGAAACAAUGUACCAUGAUGCACAUGUUAACUAAGAAAUGGCUUGUGUGACUAUAUGAAUGGGAGAUACAGUGGCUUUAGCCAAGAAACAUUAUUGGAGAUAAAAAGGAAUAAUGUUAAAAGGACGAAUUCAUUAGGAAGAUAUAACAGUUCUAAUUUGUAUACACCUAAUUACAUAGCUUCAAAAUAUGUAAAGCAAAAACUGAGCUAAGAGGAAAAACAGACAAGUCCACAAUUGUUGUGGAUUAAAUAGACCUCUCUGAUAGAACAAGUAGACAAAAAAUCUGUAAAGAAAUGAACAGUGACCUUUACCUCACACCAAAUACAAACGUAAUUGAAAAUGGUUAAUGGUCUUAAAUUGUGAGGCUGAAAAUAUAAAACUUGAAGAUGAAAAAUAUAGAAAAAAUAUUUGGGAUAUACCACAAAUUUUACCAAAAAUUUUAGGAUGCAAAGAGAACCAUAAAAUGAACAAAAAAGAACAAAAGGCAAACCACAGAACAGAAAAAUAUAUUUGUGAUACAUAUGUCGGACAAAGGACUUAAACAUAAAGAAGUCUUAAGACAACUCUAUUUAAAGUUGACAAAAACUUGAAGAAGUUCUAUGAAUGGAUCUUAAGCACAUGAAAGAGAUGGUCAACAUCAUUAGUCACUAGGAAAAUACAAAUUAAAAUGACAGAUGCAUCAGGAUGGCUAGAAUUAUAAAAGAUAAUACCAGUGUUUAUGAUGAUGUGGAGUAACUAGAACAUAUACAUUGCUGGUGGGAAUAUAAAACUUGUACAGCCACUUUGGAAAACAGGCCAUUCCUUAGAAAGUUAAAUGGACAUCUGCCAUAAUGACCCAGCAAAAAAGAUUUGUACAGGAAUGUUCAUAGGAACUUUAAUCACAGUAUUCAGAAACUGGAAACAAGUGUUCAUUAACAGGCUAAUGAAGAUAUUGUGGUAUAUCCAUACAGUGGAAUACUUUUCAGCAGCAGCAAGAAACUGUGGAUACACAUAACAACGUGGAUUAAUACAAGAAUCAUUAUGCUGAGUAAAGAAGUCAAGCAUGUAAGAAUAAAGACUCUUAAAUGACUCAAUUUAUGUGGAAUUUCUAAAGAAUGUACUACCUUAAGGAGCUGACACAAAGCUGCAAAUGGAGCUGUUUGAUCACCUUGGAGCACUGUGACCUCUCUUUCAAAAGUGUGCAAAGUUCAAAAAACAAUGUUUAUUAUUAAAGUCACAAUUUCUUGAAUAAGUAGUGCUUCAUGGAACCCUAGGAUUCUGUGGAACCCCGGUUGAAAAAGUCUGUCCUGGGAGUUCUAAUUAGUCAUUCUAACUGAUGACAUUUUUAUUUCCUUGCAAAACUGGAAGUGAUGUGGAUUUUGCUUAGAUGUAUAGGGUGUACAUCUGUGAGUCUUGGUCCCCUCAAAUCUUUUGGAGGCGAAUAGCACAUGAGUUAUUAAUGAUACAUGUCUAAAGUCUGGCUUCUUCAAUUAAUGUACCUUGGAUGCUGAGAAGAUACAUUUAGAAUAUUUGAUUUAUAGUGUGGAAAUAAUUUUUGUUAGUCUUUACCUCCCCCAUGUCCUCUACAGCAGCAGUAUAUGAGAAGUGAAAUUAAUUUCUCAAAGACUAAAACUGCUUUUGUGUUUAAUGUCUCCUCAUUAAUAUUGUUAUCACUAUGGGCUACAUUUGACUGCUUGCUUUCUGGGGGAAACAAAAGGGUGUGGUUUUUUUUGUUUUUUUUUUGUGUUUUUUUUUGCCAGAAAAAGUAGUAGUAUGUGAUUGGAGUAGGGGUCCACAAGCUAUAGCUCUGGAGCUAAGAAUGGCUUUACAUUUUUAAAGGUUGUUUUAAAAAAAUUGGCAGACACUGUGUAUGUGGCCUAUAAAGCCUAAAAUAUUUGCUGUUGAGUAAUUGCAGAUAAAGUUUGUUGACACCUGAACUAGAGGAUCUUGUAAUAUAUUUAUUUACAAUUAUUUCGUGAGUACUCUGUAAAUAUUUUCUUUAACUGUUUUGAUGUAAGAAAGCAGAAUUUAUCAUAAAUAUACUUUUAACAGCAUUGUUGAAAUAUAAUUUCUGUGUAAAACUUACGUUUAAGAUGUAUAAUUCAGUGGUUUUUAAUAUAUUUACAUUUGUACAAUCAUCACCAUAAUCUAACUAGCCCUGCAAAUGUUGAAUGAAAUUAUUUAGCCCACCAGUUUGAAAUGAACAGAAAUGAACUAAGGUUAGUAUUUUGCUAUUUGUUGAGUAACUAAAAAGAUAAAAAACUACAAGGGAAAUAAAAAUAAAAGUUUAAGAAACCAAAAUACUUAUAUGCACUCUAAGAACUGGUAUAAUAGUAAUUGGCAAUAAAAAAAUUAUUCAAAUAUAUUGAGAUAAUACCCCUUAGCAGUACAUUAGAUUAUUUUUUAUUGUUUAUUGUUUUUUUAUUUAUUUUAUUGUUUAUUUUUUAAAAAAUAUUUUAUUUAUUAGAGAGAGGGCACCAGCGGAGUGGGGGAGGGAGAAGGAGAAGCAGACUCCCUGAUGAGCAGGGAGCUCAACUCUGGGAUCACGACCUGAGCCGAAGGUAGAUGCUUAACCAACCAACUGAGCCACCCAGGCACCCCAGUACAUUAGAUUAUCAAUGUGGUAGAGUUCUUUCAGGAAUUCUUAAAAGUCCAUGAAAAAACCCAUGAAGUCAUAGUUUGACUUACAGCAUUUUUUCCCCUUAGUGAUUUGUGCAGUAGUGCUGUGUUCUAUAAUUGAUGGCAUCUUAAAUUUGGUGAAAUAUGGUAUGUUUGAAAUGAUGUAUUCAUAAGUCAGGUAUUCCAGAGGAGGAUUCAGAACAUUUCAGGCAAUAAAAAUAUUAAAAUUAAUCACUAGGAAAAGAUUUGGUCUAAAAGAGCUACUUAUAUUUUGAGGUAAUAAAAUAGUGCUCAUCUAAAAUUUUAGCAAUUCAGGCCUUUCAUUAAUCCACAUUACUCCUGUGAUGAUUUUUGAAUACUUGAGAGUUUUAAAGUUUUCAUGUAGACGCUAAAUAUGAGCCUUAAGAUUCUUCCCAACUCGGGGCGCCUGGGUGGCACAGCGGUUAAGCGUCUGCCUUCGGCUCAGGGCGUGAUCCCAGGGUUAUGGGAUCGAGCCCCACGUCAGGCUCUUCCACUAUGAG